GCCAUGUCUCUGGAGGACCCACUCGUUAUGAGCCCAGAGGACAGCAGUGUUCUGGUUCUCAAUGCCUCCACAGGGGAGCAGCACCAAUACAACAUCUGGUUCCCGGGUAUCGGGAUCGCUGCUGUCUACGGGAUCAUCAUCAUCGUGGGUCUAUUGGGAAAUGUCACGUUAAUGAGGACGUGUCUAACGGUGAAGUCCAUGAGGACGGUGCCCAACUUGUUCCUGUCCAGUCUGGCUCUGGGGGACGUGCUGCUGCUGCUGACCUGCGCCCCGGUGGACGCCAGCCGCUACCUGGUGGACGAGUGGCUCUUCGGCCGCGUUGGAUGCAAACUGAUCCCGUUCAUCCAGCUCACCUCUGUGGGAGUCUCGGUGUUCACCCUCACUGCUCUCUCCGCUGACCGGUACAAAGCAAUAGUCAGACCUCUGGACAUCCACAGGUCCAGCGCUGCACUCAGUAUCUGUUUUCGAGUGGGGGCCAUCUGGCUGCUCUCUGUGACUCUGGCCAUUCCUGAGGCCGUCUUCUCCGACCUGCACACCUUCACCACCAGCCACACCAAUGAGACAUUUGUGACCUGUGCGCCCUACCCCCACGCCAGGGAACUGCACCCAAAAAUCCAUUCCACCGCCUCCUUCCUCAUCUUCUACAUCAUCCCGCUCUUCAUCAUAUCAGUGUACUACUGCUUCAUCGCUCGCAGUCUGGUCAGGAGCUCUGUGGACAUCCCUGCUGAAGGGCACCUGCACCUCCAGAAACAGAUCAAGUCCAGAAAACGUCUGGCCAAAACUGUGCUGGUGUUUGUCGGCUUGUUUGCAGCCUGCUGGCUGCCCAGUCAUGUCAUCUACCUGUACCGCUCCUACCACUACGACCAGGUGGACACCUCGCUGGGCCACUUCAUCGCCAGCGUAUGCGCUCGCAUUUUGGCCUUCACCAACUCCUGUGUAAACCCAUUCGCCCUCUACCUGAUGAGCAAAAGCUUUAGGAAACACUUCAACAAGCAACUCCUGUGCUGCACUUCUCCCAGACGCUUGUACAGUCAGAACAGUAGGAGCACAAACAUAACCACUGUCUGAAAGCAUCUGUGUUUUCAUAAAUAAAAAAUAUAAAAAAUGUUUAGCUCUCAACUAUCCAGUGUAAGCCACAGAAAUAACACAAUAUGCAGGAAGCCUCUAAUCUCUUUUAAAACAAAAUAAACUGUUGAUUCAAUGAAAUACAAUCACUGCAGAUGUAAAGUC